AUGACUGACAUUAGUUAUGACUUCGGAUCCACAUCAUCUUCGGAACGCGGGCCUCAAAGCAACGAGUUCUCCCAUCUGGCCGAACAAAAUAGCAUUGAUUUUGAAUCGUUGAAUUUCUCCAAUCUUUCCAAUGGAGGAGAAUCUGCCAUACAAAGCGACCUAUGGACUGUCGGAGACAUGAUGAGCGACCUCGUGAUAGAAUCGGGGUUUCAGCUUGCGCGAGUGGAAGCCGCAUCUGAUACAAAAGAUAACAACGAAAACAAAAUCAAAAGACAAAAAAAAGUGUCUCUAUUUGAAAUGAAUAACGACGGUGCAAGCACGUUGGGAGUGAUAUUCACCGCUCAAAGGCUUGGAGUUCCCGUCCUGGAUUUCACCGAUAUCGACGACUUGUCAGAGAAUCCCAUUGGGUCUGGCGCCUCAGCUCAGGUUUAUUCCGGUAAGCUCAAGGGGCGCCUUGUUGCUGUCAAAUAUUUCUUAUCGGACCCAGGAGCCCUCAGAAGGAGGAAGGGGAAAGCCCCGCUCAGAGGGGAAGAGAAUAAUACCAAGACAUCAGUGCCGAAGAAGUAUUCCUCGCAUGCCCAACAGCAGAUGAACUCGGUCAUUGAAGAGAUGACGAUGAUGGCACAUGCAGGAAUGCAGCCUCAGCCAAACAUAGCUGAGUUACUAGGAAUCGGUAUCCGCGAGAUUGAGCCGACCCCACAAGGCGACAAUGCCCUUUUUGACUCAGAAGCAAGCAAUGUUCAAAUAGCACUUUUCAUGGAGCUGGCAGACACGACUACACCGACUCUCGCUCAUUGGAUUGAGGGGGGGUUCGUAGCACCGGAAAACGUCGGGGCCAAAGCCUUGAUCCUCUCGGACAUUAUCAACGGUAUUCUAACCCUACACGAGCGCCACAUAACUCACGGCGAUAUCAAGCCCGAGAAUAUCCUCAUGUUCUCGACGCUUGAAAGACCCGUCGCCAAAGUUUCCGAUUUUGGGCUUUCAGAUGUUCGUUUCCGUUCUAUGAGAAAAGUUGCCGGAGGGACGGAGCUCUGGGCUGCUCCGGAGGUCAAGCUGGAAUCGUUUGAUAAAGAAUGGGCAGGGUCUCAACAGAGAGACGUCUAUUCAUUUGGAUUGGUAGCCUAUUAUACGCUGCUAGGACGGAAGCACUCAAUGCACUACAUAGAUGAAGAGACCCUUGAAGAGACUCCAGUACACGUCGACCUCCCUCGACAACUAAGAAACUCCUAUUGGCUUAGAAGGAGCGAAAAGUACCGCGAUCUCGAUCCUGGCGAAAAUGAAGAUGCAAAUACACUUAGGGUGCAAAUUCAAACACUAAUGCUUCUAGAGAGCUGGCAAAGACCCGAAACUAAAGACUACUUCGAUUACCUUAACAGUGAAACCGUAUCGAUUCUACACGCUGCAAUGAUCCAGGUUGUUUGGCCGGGACGAAUGAAGGAAAGGAACCAAAGAAUAGGUGACGUGGUUAUCGGGUCCGACUUUUGGAUCAGUAAUGUUCAGGGAGUGGUUAUUGUGGAUCUGGCCUUGAAGGCGGGAUUUUUAGAAUGGGAAUUAUGUGGAAUCGGCAAAGACUCCCUGGCCGAUAAGGACGAGCCAAAAGCCAAUAUCGGGUUCAUAUCUGCCGGUAUUUAUGCACUAAAUGCGUGCUUGGAGCCUGACCCGGAAAAACGACCUUCUAUGCAGCAGCUGAAAGAUAUUCUACAUGUCGAGGAAACUGGGAAACCGAAAUGGUUGAACCCGGAUUCGAAAGGCAUCAGCAUUCCCCGAAAACACUAUACAGAUGACCAACCUUUCCAAUACCAGGCAGAAAGCGCCCCGGCGCCCCUAGAGUCACUUGGGUCAUUCCUUGAUGCUUGGAUUCGGCUUAUGCCACUAAUAGAAUCGGAGAUAGAAUCCUACGAUAGUUUAGUCGAUAGGUUCCGAGCCUAUUCCGUAUGUUUCACAGCAGCCUCAAAAUCUCCCAACCAUCCAAAGGCUAAAUAUUAUCACCAAUAUCUCAUGGAGCACAACACUCAAAUAAACUGGGACUCAUUCAGCGCUCUCUACAUUCUCUGGUUAUCACAGCAGUAUCCUCAUGAAGACCAUGACUCCGAUACACCGAAGACAGAAUUUAUAAAAAUGAAGACCGACCUACAGCAAAUCACCGCAAACGUUCUUCCGAUAGACCCCGAUGAAAUAUCAGACGCUUUUCAGCAUGCUUGCAAGGAUACGCCACGGCCCGUCGCUACUUAUAAGAAGUUGGUUGACAGAACUCUAAUGCAGUAUCUUGGACGAGGGCUUGGAAGAUAUAAGCCCUGCAGGGUUGAUACUCCUGGUAUAGUAGCAAGCCUAACGCAGGAUUUUUCUAAAAAGGUUAGCGAGAUAAAGAAGAGAAUCCAACAAGCUUUGUCGUCCAAUGAUGAGAUGAUGGCGAGAGAUAUUCAACGAACUCUUCAAAAGGAACGAAGCGAGCUUUCUGAGGAUGAUAUUGCGUACCUCACCCUUUACGCUGCGGAAGAAUGCAGUAGGGAACAGCUAAUACCACGCUGCCGGCUUCUCAGUAUUAUGGUAGGCAGCGGCAUUGAAGAAUAUAUCAACAAAUCCGAAAUUAUGCAGCUGGCUUUUGAAUCACACUCGAUUCAAAGCCAUCACACGAUCCGCGGAUUAUUUCUGAGGAGUCUACGCAACUGGUCGGUUAUUUUACAACCAAAGGUCCUUGCAUUGAUGAUAUUGUACGACAUAGACGUCGUUGGUGACUCCUUACUUAAGACUUUGCAGUUCGAGAUCUCGUUGGGCAGCUGGACACCAAAGGACCCGGAUGCAAUGGCAAAGGCUAUCAGCACCCCCGUGAAUCUAAACAGUCCCCACCACGCCCUCGCGGUGACGAGAUCAAGGAAAUCCCCGUGUCUAACCUGGGCGGAAAGCUUUCCUCUUUUACACAUUUCCGUCAUGGUGGAUAACGUGAGAACUUUUCAGGCUCUGUUGACAGAAAUUGAUCCAACAGAGAUCAAUGCAUUUGCAUCUGGAUCCUUCCAUCUAUUACAUCUGGCAGCACUACGACGAAAUCCUUUUGUAAUCGCCAGGCUUCUGAUAUCAGACCCUCGAUUCCAAGUCGAUCCGGAUGUGCGUGUUAAAGGCCCAUCUUUGGGAUACACACCUUUACAUCUAUUGACUCGCUUCGGGGUGAUGUGCAUUAUUAAUACGCUUGUGCUUCCUUCCAGCGAGGGAGACAUACGGACCACUGGAAGGGACGAGGCAGAAACUGGCAGAGCUCUGCGCCUUGCUUGUAUCAGUAUCCUGUUGAAGCAUUCAAGGAAUCCAGAUACGCAAGACUGGGAGGGCAUGUCACCCUUUCACGUCUACAUUCAACGUGGGGAUCUUCACGCUGCUAGAAUGCUAUUAUCUGAUACCAGAGUCAACCCGUGUUUGAAGAACUUUCAAGGGAACUCAGUACUUCAUAUUGCGGCCAAGCCAGCCAUCACCUGGGAGGAAGACGAGGCCAAUGCAGAAGACCCAUUAGCAGUACUUAAAUUCUGCCUAGAAUAUCCUGCAAUCCGCGUUUUGGUUAAUGAGAAAAACCAUGUUGGAAUGACACCUUUAGCGCUGGCGGUAAUAAAUGACGAAUUCGAAAGGGUUGAGCAUUUUGUGGCGGCAGGAGCUGACAUAACCUGCCGGGACGUCUUUGGCACCAGUAUCUUACAAAACCUAGUGGGCAAGAAUGGACCAACGGCUGGGCUUCGACUGAUCUGGGAACUUCUUCGGCUCGAGGACCUCGGUCUAGGCGUCACACGGGACAAGAUCAGGGACCUUUGUCGCAACAUUGACAAUUGCGGGAGGAACAUUCUGCAUUACGCUUGUUCUUGUAUACACAUAGAGAUACCGAGCGGUGACAGCUACGAUACGCCGAGUCAGUGUCUUGAGGCCUUCCUCGAUCUCGUUUUGCAUCUUGCCGACGACGACUCAGGCCUCCUAGGCCACUGUGACCACAAUGGUUUACUUCCUACAGAUCUCGCGACAUUUGCCGGCUAUGAGGAAAUAGCAGAAAAUCUGAUCCGCGAGUACGGUCACGGGCCAUCUGAGGGUGCAGAGACGAUGAGAAGCAUAGCGAUGGAAGUCCUGACCGAUGCUGAGACAUUUCUCGCUCAGCAUGAUCACCUCAAGACAAUUCUUAAUUUCCAGAUGAGACAUGAUCACGGCAGCCUGAACAUCUUUACCAAUUUAGUGUACGACACGAGAGACCCCACGGAUGAUAUAGUGAUGAAGGCGGUACUUUUUGUAGGGUCAGCAAUCAUGUUUAUGAGUUCCAAUUUCCCGGAGACUAUAGAGGGGGUCGAUGCUCUUGACUUCGAAGCGAGGAUGAAGGUACUGGAGUUUAGGGGUAAAGAAGGGGAAAGGGACUAUGGACCACGGUUCUUUGAGCUAAGUGGGGUUGAGGAUACCGGGCCUUUGCGGGUGGACCCCAAGGCCAAGAUAAGUAUCUAG